AUGGCGCUAGCCGCCGCGGCCGCCGCCGCGGCCGCCGGAGUGAGCCAGGCGGCCGUGCUGGGCUUCCUGCAGGAACACGGCGGCAAAGUGCGCAACUCGGAUCUGGUGAGCCGCUUUAAGCCGCUCCUGGAUGCCGGCGACCCGCGCGGCCGUGCCGCCCGCAGGGACCGCUUCAAGCAAUUUGUCAACGACGUGGCUGUGGUGAGGGAGUUUGACGGCGUCAAGUUCGUGGUGCUGAGGAAGAAACCUAGGCCCCGGGAGGGACCAGAGUCCCUGGCCUCGUGCGUCCCCGGCACCCCCGAGAUACCAGACCCUCCGUCGAACAUCACUUCCGUCUCACAGGGGGAAACCCCCGGCUCGGGGGUUCCAUCCCUGCCUGCAGAGCAGCAGUUGGUGGAACCACUUGAGGACCCGACCCAGCCAUUAGAGCCACAGGACACCCCCGGGGAUCCGGCCUCUGAGCCCACUCAGCCGAACGGGGAGCUGUUGUUAGGUCUGGCCCAGCAGUCAGGGGGACCCUCCGACUCCCAGAUUCCAGCCUUUGAGCUAGAACUGCCCUCUGAGGGACUCUCUGCAGACGUGGCCCCGCCGUCUAGGUCACCGUCGGAGGAGGUCUUGUCCCAAGCGGAGUCGCCGGACCAGGAACCUGGGCAUGGAGCCACGAAAGAAGCUCUACCACUCCCUCGGCACGCGCCGCCGCCAAAGCCCUGCAUGCUGCCGGUGCGCUGCGUUCCGGCCCCCUCCGCGCUCCGGAUCCGGGCCGAGGAACAGGGCCUGCGCCGGCAGCUGUCGGAAGAACCGAGCCCCCGGAGCUCCCCACUGCUGCUGCGGCGGCUCUCGGUGGAAGAGUCUGGCCUGGGCCUCAGCCUGGGCCCGGGCCGCUCCCCACACCUGAGGCGCCUGUCGCGCGCCGGCCCGCGCCUGCUGAGCCCAGACACCGAGGAAGUGCCCGCCGCGCCGCCGCCGUCCGCCGUGCCUCUGGAGCCGACCGAGCACGAGUGGCUAGUGCGGGCGGCCGCGGGCUGCUGGACCCACCAGCUGCACGGGCUGCUGCUGCGCGACCGCGGCCUGGCGGCCAAGCGCGACUUCAUAUCUGGUUUCACGGCCUUGCAUUGGGCCGCCAAGAGCGGAGACCGGGAGAUGGCGCUGCAGCUGGUGGAGGUCGCGCGGCGCGGGGGCGCGCCUGUCGACGUGAACGCGCGCUCACACGGCGGCUACACGCCACUGCACCUGGCCGCUCUGCACGGCCACGAGGAUGCCGCCGUGCUGCUGGUGGUGCGCCUGGGUGCGCAGGUGCAUGUGCGUGACCAUAGCGGGCGGCGCGCCUACCAAUACCUGCCCCCCGGCGCCUCCUACGCGCUCCGCCGCCUGCUCGGCGACCCAAGCCUUCGAAGCUCUAGCGAGCUCGAUGCUACCGGAGCUAGUGGUGGCACGCUUGCGACCCGGCGCCCGGUGCAAGUGGCUGCCACCAUCCUCAGUUCCACCACCAGCGCGUUUCUGGGUGUCCUGGCCGACGACCUGAUGCUCCAAGACCUGGCUCGGGGCUUGAGGAAGUCAGGCUCCUUGAGCAAGUUCUUGGGUGCCUCGCCCAUGGCUCCACGUAAAAAGACUAAGACCCGCAGUGGCCUACCGGCUUUUUCAGAAAUCUCUCGUCGACCUACUCCGGGGCCCUUCGCUGGGCUAGUGCCCAGCCUGCCUCCCACAACCUGACGGUCCCUGAGGCUCAGCUUGGUUGAUGUAACCCAGCCUGCCCCUCAGUCCAAGCCUGCCCAGAACAGUGGCUCAACACCUGUGGCUACAUCCUAUUUCCAGCUUUCUCCACUGCAGCCUGUUUUACCCAGGUGGGCCUACGCCUCUAGCUUCUGCGUGAAGCUUGAUCUGUCUGCGAAGAUGGGAAUCGAGAUCUGAGAGAGCGCCACCUAUAACAAAUUCCAGAAAUCAGGCUUGAACUUGGGAGACUUGAAUUUUAGGAUCAGAAGUUAAGGGCCCCUGCAUGAGUUACCCGGACCUCUGCAUCUACACACUCCCAAGCCAGAACUAGAGCAAGGGUUUCUAAAUGUUGUGUGGUGUUGGAUAGUUUGUGAGCUUUAAGAUACAGAGUGGUUUUGUAAUCUGAUGCUUUUAUCCUAUUUUUAAAUUGAAAUGAGGUAAAACAAUUUUCAUAAUAGCCUUUUGAAAUUAUAUUUUUCCAUUUUUAGGCAAAAUGCUCAUUUUCAAUCUUUUGCUGAAUAUUUUGGAGUUCUAUUUAAAAAAACAGAUGAUCAAGAUCUAAAGGAAAUUAAUCCCAACCAACAAAACCCUUAAACCUUUACCUACCUCAUUUUAGGCGUUCAAGAUUCUAGAGAGUCUUGGAGACAGAAUGUGACCAUUGUGAAUGUAAUUAAUUUCAGUUGUGCUGUGAAUGCUAAAUAUUAGGAAGCAAGUGCAUCUUGGGAGAAAGAAUGAUUUAACUGAGAGAAAGAGGCAUUUUGGUAAAUACAUUUAAUUUGUGGUUGUCUUUAUGAUGAAAUACAAAAUGUCUUUGGCACUGGUGGGUGAUUUUUUUGAUUUGGCAUGAAUAUUUAAUUUUUUAAGUGUGAUUUAUUUGUGAAUGCACCAUUAUGCCAUGUUCCUGAAUCUGGUUUUUCAAAUCUGGCUGAGCCUUUCGAUGCAGUACGUAAAUAUUCAAAGAAAAAAAUGUCAUAGCAUUACACCAGAAAAAUAACUGGUUAAAUAAUAGUGGGUACACUUAAAGAGCUACUAUUUUAUGUGAAAAUUCUAUAAAAACAAAAAGUAUGUUAUAUCCAUCUUUAAAAGCCAUCUGAAAGCGGGCGCCUGAGUGGCUCAGUAGGUUGAGCGUCUGACUUCAGCCCGGGUCGA